AGAUUAUCCAUAGUGGGAGCAUAACAUGGACAUGUACUUUAAGUACUAUGCCAUUCCCAAAGAAGAAAAGCUCGAAUAUUGUCUUGAACAACUCGUGGGAAACGAAAGUCUUUGGUGGAACCAAGAAGACAAAGUUAGACGAAUGUCACUCAAAACGUGGGGACAACUAAAGUUGCUUAUGAGGGAGAGAUAUGCACCUCAAAUGCUGUCCCAGCCUAGUCAAAACACUUACCCUUCAAAGGAACCAAGCCAAGAGAAAACUACACAUCAACGUGUUAGUUCCAAUCAAAAUUCCGCCAAGGUAAGUGGCAAGAAUAUUGAGCUUAAUUUUUAUCAACAACUUGAACACAUGAUGCACUUGCUUUCAUCCAAAAGGUAUGAGAAAGGUACAAGUGCAAAAGAAAAAUCGGAUCCCACACCUUCUCUAGAACCGCAAGACAAACCAGAGAGAGGUAAGUCCUCUAAUUCUUCAAAGUCAAAUGAAUCGACAUGUUAUAGAUGUCAUAAGAGAGGUCAUUUUGCUGCAACAUGUCCUGAAAGACAAGUAGAAGAUGUCACAUUUCUAGAGUUGAAACUGAAUGUAUCUAGUUCAAAUGAUAGUUUAUCAACAUCAAGUUUAGAAAUUCCCAAUUCUAGAUUAAUGCGCUUGCCUUUGCCAAAGGUUAUUGAUGCAGGUCAAUUUCAUAGCAUGGAUGACAGAACUAAAGAGGUAGACUACAAGGUAUUAACUUCAAAGUUAGAUGAUGUUGACACAAGUCUUGAGGAAGAACUUUUGGAAACAACAUCUACACAAGUUUGCCGAAAUAAGGUAUAUUAUCAAGAAACUCCUAAAGCAUGUGUGAAGGUACAACCAUGUUCAACACCAUCUGAUCCUGCUUCGAAGAUCACUCUCAUUGGGGCAGAUUUGAUGCCAAGCACUCUACAUGGUACUCUAUGUCAAGCAAGAUACAGGUAUCACAGACGUGUAUAGUGAUGAGCGAGAGACCACAUCCAACAUGAUCUUAAGUUUGGAGCAAACAGAGAAACUCAAAAGGCGUGAUAACAUGGAAUCAAAUCCAGAGCUUAAGUUGAGCAAGCUAGCCACUAGAGAAGAUGAAGUUGAUACAAACAACAUCUUGCUGCAAGAAGAACCACCAGAUCAAACAUUAAAUCAACCAACAUUGUUGAUUUUGAAUGAUACACUCAUCGAUGAACUAUGUCAAUGUCAACAAAAUUGCAGGUACAAAAGAGGAUCAUAAAGGCGGUUUACCAGAGAUGAAGAGAUCCAUAAGUAUUGCAAAUCAAAACCGGAGUAAACUAGCGCCAUUGGUGGUCACACCAUUCCUUAAGGAGACUAGAAGAGUUCCAAAAUCUUGCUUAAUUAAAGAGGAACCACCGGAUCACAAAGCUCAAGCACAAACCUAACAAGGAGCUAAGCAAGCUACCCCACCAACCAUGAUACCAGAUAAAAACCAAGACUAUACAGUUUCGAGGACAAAACUAUUUCAAGGGAGAGGGUAUGAUGCGAACAUCAAAACUAAACCAAACCGGGAGCAUGGAGAACCAACCGGUCUACACACCAAACCGGUCCACGAAGAGCAUCUUGGAGAAUCUUUUCCCAAAUGGAGUUCUGAUCAAGCACAAAGAGAAGGGUUAAUUAUUCAUCAUCAAAUUAACCCUAAGGAUUCCAAUGGUUCAAGAGGGAUCAAGCAUCAGCAAGUCAAAUUAUCUCAUUGUUAGGAUAUGAAUGUUGCACU